GGCGGGUCGGACUUUUGUAGGUCGAGUCACUGGGCUCCCGGGGCUCUCGGGUGGGGCCUAGGGAAAAGCCGAGAGCAUCCUCCCCGCGGGCAGAGCCGCCCCGCCGGGAUCUCGGGCGAGGUGAGGCCGGCGUCCCCGGCCCCGCGGCCUAGGGCACCAGUCCACUCCCGCCCGCCCCGGGCCACAGCCGCCGAACAUGGAGGCGAGCUCGGGCGCUCCCGAUGGAAACGGACCCAGAGCCGUGCUCCUGCGGCUCAGACCCUCGCGCGCUCGUGGGGAAUACGGGGUGCUUUGCAUUCAGGAGUACAGAAAAAACAACAGAAAAGUGGAGUCAAGUACACGUAACAGCUUCAUGGGCUUGAAGGAUCAUCUGGGGCAUGACCUCGGCCACCUUUAUGUGGAGAGCAGUGACCCACAUUUAAGUACAUCUGCACCUUGGUCAAUGGUAGAAAAACCUACAAUGGAAAAAGUUAAUUCCGGAAAGGAAGAAAAAGAGGUGUCUGAAGAGAAUGCGAGCUCUGGUGACUCUGAAGAAAGCACAAACUCUGAUAAUGAGUCAGAACAAUUGAGUAACAUUUCAGUAGAGCCAUGCUUAUUAACCAAGACUCACAGACAACUAUGUAGGUCUCCCUGUUUAGAGCCUCACAUACUCAAGCGCAGUGAAAUUUUGCAAGACUUUAAACCCGAAGAGUCCCAGACUAUACCCAAGGAAGUGAAGAAACCCCCUGACGUGGUGCGAGAAUACCAAACAAAACUGGAGUUUGCACUUAAGUUAGGUUAUUCUGAGGAACAGGUUCAGCUUGUGCUCAACAAACUUGGUACAGAUGCUUUAAUCAAUGAUAUUUUAGGAGAACUUGUAAAACUUGGAAAUAAAAGUGAGGCUGAACAAACAGUUAGUACAAUUAACAGUAUAAUGCGGGAAACAUCUUCCCUGGAAUCUCAGCGGUCUGAAUCUCCAAUGCAAGAGGUUGUAACAGAUGAUGGAGAAAACCUGAGACCAAUAGUUAUCGAUGGCAGCAAUGUGGCAAUGAGCCAUGGAAACAAAGAAGUAUUUUCCUGCCGAGGAAUAAAAUUGGCAGUAGAUUGGUUUUUGGAAAGAGGCCACAAAGAUGUUACAGUUUUUGUUCCUGCUUGGAGAAAAGAACAGUCCCGACCUGAUGCUCUCAUUACAGAUCAAGAAAUUCUUCGUAAAUUAGAGAAGGAGAAAAUCCUGGUGUUCACACCGUCCCGGCGAGUCCAGGGGAGGCGAGUGGUGUGCUAUGAUGACCGGUUCAUCGUGAAGCUGGCUUUCGAGUCAGAUGGUAUAAUUGUGUCCAAUGAUAACUACAGGGAUUUGGCUAAUGAAAAACCAGAAUGGAAGAAGUUCAUAGAUGAGCGAUUAUUAAUGUAUUCAUUUGUCAAUGACAAGUUCAUGCCCCCUGAUGACCCUCUUGGCAGACACGGCCCAAGCCUGGAUAAUUUUCUGAGGAAGAAACCUAUUGUUCCCGAACACAAAAAGCAGCCUUGUCCAUAUGGAAAGAAGUGUACCUAUGGACACAAGUGCAAAUAUUAUCAUCCCGAAAGGGGCAGUCAGCCUCAGCGAUCAGUUGCUGAUGAACUUCGUGCCAUGUCUAGAAAUACAGCCGCCAAAACUGCAAACGAAGGAGGACUGGUGAAAAGCAACAGUGUUCCCUGCAGCACAAAGGCUGACAGCACUUCUGAUGUCAAACGAGGUGCUCCAAAGAGGCAGUCAGAUCCAAGCAUCAGGACUCAAGUCUACCAAGACCUAGAGGAGAAGCUUCCCACCAAAAACAAGUUGGAAACCAGGUCUGUACCUUCCUUAGUUAGUAUACCGGCCACUCCUACUGCAAAACCCCAAAGCACUACAUCUCUAAGCAAUGGCCUUCCAUCUGGAGUUCAUUUCCCACCUCAGGAUCAAAGACCACAGGGACAGUAUCCUCCAAUGAUGAUGGCAACCAAAAAUCAUGGCACGCCAAUGCCUUAUGAACAGUAUCCAAAAUGUGACUCACCUGUUGACAUUGGAUAUUAUUCCAUGUUGAAUGCAUAUUCAAAUCUGAGUAUCUCAGGCCCACGAAGUCCUGAAAGGCGUUUCUCCUUAGACACAGAUUACAGGAUAAGUUCUGUAGCCUCUGACUGCAGCAGUGAAGGGAGUAUGAGCUGUGGGAGCAGUGACUCAUACGUGGGGUACAAUGACCGGUCCUAUGUCAGUUCUCCUGAUCCGCAGCUAGAAGAGAAUUUGAAGUGUCAACACAUGCACCCUCACAGCCGCCUUAAUUCCCAACCCUUCCUGCAGAAUUUCCACGACCCCUUAACCAGAGUGCAAAGUUACAGUCAUGAAGAACCAAAGUACCAUCACAAGCCUCCUCUUCCACAUCUGGCUAUGCACCUGCAGCACCCAGCUGUGGGAGCCCGGGCCAGUUGUCCCGGUGAUUACCCCUCUCCCCCAAGUUCAGCCCACUCUAAGGCACCACACCUAGGACGGUCCUUAGUGGCCACGAGAAUAGACAGCAUUUCUGACUCUCGGCUGUAUGACAGUUCACCUUCAAGACAAAGAAAGCCUUACUCCCGCCAGGAAGGGCUGGGAAGCUGGGACAGGCAGAGUUAUGGGAUUGAUGCGUAUGGCUAUCGGCAGACGUACUCCCUCCCCGAUAACUCCACGCAGCCGUGUUAUGAGCAGUUCACCUUCCAGAGCCUGCCUGAGCAACAGGAGCCGACGUGGCGAAUACCGUACUGUGGACUGCCCCAAGACCCACCAAGGUAUCAAGACAGCCGAGAAAAGAUUUAUAUCAACUUGUGCAACAUCUUCCCACCUGACCUUGUGAGAAUUGUCAUGAAAAGGAACCCUCACAUGACAGAUGCCCAGCAGCUAGCUGCAGCCAUUUUAGUGGAGAAAUCACAGCUGGGUUAUUGAAAGAUGAUGCAUCUUUGUGGUGUUUAGUAGUUUUCUGUUCAGCUCAAAUGCUGAGGGAGGUUUGCUACAAUAGCACAUGUGAUCUCCUUCUCGGCAAGGAGGUUAUAUAGUAUCCAUUUAUGUGAAAUACUGUAUCAUGGAAUCUGUAUAUAUAGCCCCACAUAGUGGAAGUAUCACGGGAUUGCUUUACAUUCAAACUUUUUUUUAAUAUUUCCUUUUUAAAGCUAUAUCCUUGGCUGGAAGUUUUUCCAGUUUGAUUUAUUAGAUGUAUCUGUGAUCUUUGAUAUUAAUCUUUGGUGCAUCAGGGGUUUAUAUGCAGCACUUUUUAUCCUUAUUUCAUGUUUUAUUAACUUGGUGUUUCUCUAUCAAUUGCAAGCAAUUACAAUACCUUCAGAAUGUUGAACAUUUGACUAGACCUAGCAAACUAUUUUUUCAAGCCAAGCUUAAUUGGAAUCUUUUACAGCUUUUUAAGUUAUUUUUAUUUGGGGAAAGUGGGCUUCUUUGUGCUAUAAUCAUUAUUUAUAGAAACAAAGAUAUACUACAGCACUGACUUUAUAUUUUAAACAAAAUGUAAGUUACCAGUUUAUGUUGAAAUAGGUAACAGUAUAAGAAUGAUUUACAGUAUGGCACUUUUCAUUGUUUUAUUUUUGUUUGGAUUUUUUUGUCUGUUGAGUAGUUAAUUUAAUAUGGUUGAUUUAAAGGAAAGCAGAUGCAAUCAAUGGAAAAAAUUGUUUCCAUUUUUUUUUUUUUGUUAAUGAAUAAGGCAAAAGCCGUAACUGUUACAGUUUAGAGCUUGUUAUCCAGCUAUGAUGUGCUUCUAGAUAGUAGAAAUGGAAUUGAAUUCCUAGAUUUCCAUUGACCUGCAUUUUUAAUGUGUCUUUUUGUUUGGGGGCACAACAAUACUGGAUAAAAUAACCCUUUCACAGUACUUGCCUGUUUUUAAUGAAUCUAAUUAUUCUCAAUGCAACUUUUAUAUUUAAUAUACUCUUAAGCUUUCCUGCUAUUUAUCAAGGCUGGCCUGAGGUGGUUUUGUGUGUUGAGGAUAUGCAACAUUUAUUGAUACUGCACUAUGGAAAUGGUGAUGGAGGAGUUGUGAAUGGUAACUUAAAAUUUUUGUAAGAUACUGUAUAUUUUGCAUUUUCCUGAAGGUAGAGUUUUGGGGGGCCUGUUAUAUUAUUAAGGCCAGAUUCUUGCCACAAAUAGUGUAGUUUUAGAUACAGACUAAAGUCUGUUUUAGUAUUAGUAAGGGAUAUUUCUGGUUUCUAAAUCAUGGGUUUUGCUAGAUGCGAAUUCAUUUUUGUUGGUUAGAAGAUAGAUAUUGCAGUCAGUGGCAGACAGUUGUGUGAUCUACAUGGCUUCCCUGUUGCCUCCAGUUUUUGAAUUUUACGUAGUGUAACAGACUCAUUCUGAUCUGCUUCUGUAGUCUGCCUAGAUGCCCUGGUUAUUCUGAUUAUUCCAUAUGCUACAGUUUGAAGUAAAGCCCUGAAAAACCAGAAAGUACCUUUUACUGUUGAUACAAAUUGUAUCUUUUUAACUAUAAGAACUAUUUUGAUUUGUAGAUCUAGUUAAAACACAAAUGUGUAACUAUGAUUAGACUUUUGGGCAACAUUUUAUCCCUUAUUUAAAUACAAAUUUUUGAAGUGAAAUUGAGGCCUAGAAUAGAGUAGAAAAUUAAAGUAAUAAUUUAGGUAAAUAAAAGUGUCUGUCCUAGUUUUAUAUAUUAAAAUAUAUUAAAUAAAUUUAUCAACAUUUUCUUUCUCCUAAAACUUAUGUAGUGUGAACUUAAAAUAAAGGUAAAAUGCUGCCUGAAAAUAAUGUCCAAGCACCUUUGACUAGGAUAACAUUUUCACUACUUGUGUGACACUGUGUGUUGCAUGAAGUAGGAUUUGGGUAUACAGUAAAUGCUUCUAAAAGGCAUUGUGCAUAUUGACAUAUCCAAUAAUCUGAACCGUGUUCAGCAAACUUAAUUCAGGAAAGUGGUGUUCUACACAAUUAUUGCUGUUGUUUUUGAGGUGAGUGUGGCACUCGUGUACCCAGAAAUAAUACGGAUGAUGCCACACAAAUCAUUCUGAGUGGUGUCUGGCUGGGAGUGACCCCACUCACUUGUGAAAUUGUUCUCCUUGAUUUUGUUGGUCACUAUCCGUAGAACAGGCUUAAAUGUAGAGGCUAAACCAGUGCCAAAAAUAGGGUCACAAAUAUGGAGUACCUUUUAUUUUAGUCAUAAUCUCAGUGUUGGUUUUAGUAUGAAAUCGUUUUUAAAUUGUACAUGUAGGUUUUGCUUCUGUUUUCUUAAUUUUAACAUUUUAAUUAUUAGAAGAUUCUGCCAAACUUUACUAAAUUUAUUUUAGACAAGAUCUUUGGUGAAAUAGAUAUCACACCUUUAAUUUGACCUUCUAAUGUUUUUAGCUAUUUGUCAUUGCUUCAUGGAUUUUAGACUAUAAGAAAUAGUGUAGCUUGUCACCACCUGUCCUGAAGUGAAUAACUCUUGAACUACCCACACUGAAAUUUUUCAGUAUAAUUAAUCAUGAGUUAAGAUAUAGCCAUUUUCUAAUCUCAAGAGAACAGUUUGUCCCUUUUUCUUUUCUUUUUUUU